AUGAGCUUGCCUAGCGCUGACGAACUUGAACAAAAUCCAGACAUCGAAAAACAAUGGGCGGUCAAAGCUGUGAACCACUCAGAGACAUACUAUAAAUUAAUAUCAAGUGUCGACGGAAAAUCCCUUCGAUUAACACCCAUUGACGAUGAAAUUUAUCAAGAUUUUCAAGAUACCUUUCCGAAUAUAUCAUUACAGGUCGUGGACGAAGAUGCUAUGAAAAGUGAUGAGGGAAAAGUAAUUUGGAGAAAUUGGAUCAUGAAAUAUGAGAACCGCGUUAAUGAUUAUAAUUUUGGCACUUUGUUAAGAAGAAACGUUAAGGAUGAUUAUAAUGAAAAAAACACAAUGUUUGCACCGGCGAGAAAAUUAGACUUGGGCAAUUUAAGUGAUAACCGUAAGGCAACUCAAGAGAAAAGACGUUUAGGUCGUGGUCCAGCUUCGGGUAGGGGUAAAACCUGUGGUAGAGGUCAUAAAGGUCAAAAAGCUCGUACCGGAAAUGGUAAACCAAGGAGAGGUUUUGAAGGGGGACAAACUCCUCUCAGUAGACGUUUUCCCAAAAGAGGGUUUAAUAAUCCAUUUGAAAAGACCUGGGCGCCUUUAAAUCUUGAUAGACUUCAACAUUGGAUUGAUAAUGGAAGAAUUGAUCCAACACAACCAAUUACGAUGAAACAUCUAUUAGAUACAAGAUGUGUAAGAGGCAUUAAAGACGGAGUUAAACUAUUAGCUGAUGGUAGGGAACACUUCAAAACCCCAAUUACAAUUGAAGUGGCACGAGCUUCUCAAAAAGCUAUAAAAUCAAUCGAGUCAGUUGGAGGAACGAUCACUUGUAGAUAUUUUAACAGAUUAGCUUUGAGAGCUACAAUUAAACCUGAAAAAUUUUGGAAAAUACCAAAAUUUGCUACUCCCAUGAAACAACGUGAUAUUGCUUGGUAUUCGGAUCCAAACAAUAGAGGUUAUCUCUCUCAAUCAGAAAAUUUAAAAGAACGAGUCUUUUAA